UGUCCUGACAACUCCAUGCAGUUCGGAACCAGAACGACUGCGGCUGAACCAGGGUUCAUGGGGACAUGGCAAAACGCUGAUACUAACCUCCUGUUCAGAAUGUCCCAACAGGUUCCACUGGCAUGUGCUGGCAGAGUGCUGGGUGCAGACUUUUGCCCAAACCUGGAGGAGCCAGACCAGAGGCUGGAAGUCCAGGCCAUCCGCUGCACACUGGUAAACUGCACGUGUGAGUGUUUCCAGCCUGGGAAGAUUAACCUGCGGACAUGUGAUCAAUGUAAACAUGGCUGGGUGGCACAUGCCUUGGAUAAGCUCAGCACACAGCACCUGUACCACCCCACUCAAGUGGAGAUCGUGCAGUCCAAUGUGGUGUUUGACAUCAGCAGCUUGAUGCUCUACGGGACACAGGCAGUGCCAGUGAGGCUAAAGAUACUGCUGGACCGACUCUUCAGUGUCCUGAAGCAAGAGGAAGUGCUGCACAUACUACAUGGCCUGGGCUGGACCUUGCGGGACUAUGUCCGUGGAUACAUCCUUCAGGACGCUGCCGGCAAAGUUCUGGACCGCUGGGCCAUCAUGUCUCGAGAGGAGGAAAUCAUCACCCUUCAGCAGUUUCUGCGGUUUGGAGAAACCAAAUCCAUAGUGGAGCUGAUGGCAAUUCAGGAGAAAGAAGGGCAAGCUGUGGCUGUACCAUCUUCAAAGACAGACUCAGACAUAAGGACUUUCAUCGAGAGCAAUAAUCGUACCAGGAGUCCCAGCCUCCUUGCUCACUUAGAAAACAGCAAUCCUUCCAGCAUCCAUCAUUUUGAAAACAUACCAAACAGCCUUGCAUUUCUGCUUCCCUUCCAGUAUAUAAACCCCGUCUCAGCCCCGCUGUUGGGGUUGCCUCCCAAUGGGCUGCUGUUAGAGCAGCCUGGACUGAGGUUGCGGGAACCCAGUAUUUCAACUCAGAACGAAUACAAUGAGAGCAGCGAGUCGGAAGUAUCCCCCACACCUUAUAAGAGUGACCAGACACCCAAUAGAAAUGCCCUGACGAGCAUCACUAAUGUGGAGCCUAAAACCGAGCCAGCAUGUGUCUCCCCCAUUCAGAAUUCUGCCCCAGUCAGUGACCUAAGCAAAACUGAACACCCAAAAAGCUCCUUCCGGAUUCAUCGUAUGAGAAGAAUGGGGUCAGCCUCAAGGAAAGGAAGAGUGUUCUGUAAUGCAUGUGGGAAGACCUUCUAUGACAAAGGUACGCUAAAAAUUCACUAUAAUGCUGUUCACCUGAAGAUUAAACAUCGAUGUACCAUUGAAGGUUGCAACAUGGUCUUCAGUUCCCUUCGAAGCCGGAAUCGCCACAGUGCAAAUCCCAACCCCCGCCUUCACAUGCCUAUGCUAAGGAAUAACCGAGACAAAGAUUUGAUUCGGGCUACGUCAGGGGCUGCCACUCCAGUCAUAGCUAGUACAAAAUCAAAUCUCACACUCACGAGCCCUGGCCGGCCCCCAAUGGGUUUUACCACUCCUCCACUAGACCCCGUCUUACAGAACCCUCUCCCUAGCCAGUUGGUAUUUUCUGGGCUAAAGACUGUACAACCAGUUCCUCCUUUUUAUAGAAGUUUACUUACUCCAGGGGAAAUGGUGAGUCCUCCAACCUCCCUCCCAACCAGUCCCAUUAUCCCAACCAGUGGUACCAUAGAGCAGCACCCUCCUCCACCCUCUGAGCCAAUAGUACCAGCAGUGAUGAUGGGCACUCAUGAGCCCAGUGCUGACCUGGCACCUAAGAAAAAGCCUAGGAAGUCAAGCAUGCCUGUAAAAAUUGAGAAGGAAAUCAUUGAUACAGCUGACGAGUUUGAUGACGAAGAUGAUGACCCUAAUGAUGGUGGAACUGUGGUCAAUGACAUGAGCCAUGACAAUCAUUGUCAUUCCCAAGAGGAGAUGAGCCCAGGCAUGUCUGUGAAGGACUUCUCUAAGCAUAGUAGGACCCGGUGCAUUUCAAGAACUGAAAUAAGAAGGGCUGACAGUAUGACAUCUGAAGACCAGGAGCCCGAGCGGGACUAUGAGAAUGAGUCUGAGUCUUCAGAGCCUAAACUUGGUGAGGAAUCCAUGGAAGGGGAUGAGCACAUUCACAGUGAGGUGAGCGAAAAAGUCCUGAUGAACAGCGAGAGGCCUGAUGAGAACCAUAGCGAGCCGUCUCACCAGGACGUCAUCAAGGUAAAAGAAGAAUUCACAGACCCCACUUACGACAUGUUUUACAUGAGCCAGUAUGGACUGUACAAUGGCGGGGGGGCCAGCAUGGCUGCCUUGCAUGAAAGUUUCGCAUCGUCUCUGAAUUAUGGAAGCCCUCAAAAAUUUUCCCCGGAAGGUGACCUGUGUUCUAGUCCAGACCCCAAAAUCUGUUAUGUGUGCAAGAAGAGCUUUAAAAGCUCCUACAGUGUGAAGCUUCACUACAGGAACGUUCACUUAAAAGAGAUGCACGUCUGCACAGUGGCUGGCUGCAAUGCCGCCUUCCCCUCUCGACGAAGCAGAGACAGACACAGCGCCAACAUAAACCUGCAUCGUAAACUGUUGACCAAAGAACUCGAUGACAUGGGCCUGGACUCAUCGCAGCCCUCCCUCAGCAAGGACCUCCGGGAUGAAUUUUUAAUGAAGAUCUAUGGUGCCCAGCACCCUCUGGGGCUCGAUGUCAGGGAAGAUGCCUCCUCUCCCGCAGGGACAGAAGACUCCCACCUGAAUGGGUAUGGGAGAGGCAUGGCAGAGGACUACAUGGUCCUUGACCUGAGCACCACCUCCAGCCUCCAGUCCAGCAGCAGUAUCCAUUCCUCCAGAGAAUCAGAUGCAGGCAGCGACGAGGGGAUUCUUCUUGAUGACAUUGAUGGGGCCAGUGACAGUGGGGAAUCCGCACACAAGGCUGAGGCUCCCACCCUCCCCGGCAGCCUAGGGGCUGAAGUUUCAGGAUCUCUUAUGUUCAACAGCUUGUCUGGGAGCAAUGGUGGGAUCAUGUGCAACAUUUGCCACAAAAUGUACAGCAACAAGGGGACCCUGAGGGUCCACUACAAAACUGUGCAUCUGCGAGAGAUGCAUAAGUGCAAAGUCCCGGGCUGUAACAUGAUGUUUUCCUCUGUGCGAAGCCGGAAUCGGCACAGUCAGAACCCUAAUCUCCACAAAAACAUUCCCUUCACUUCAAUAGAUUAG